UUUCCCUCCACAUGGUCUGUGGGGGAUGUUAAGCACAUGUUCGUAUAAAGAGAUGGAGGGCCCCUAGUCAGUUAGACCUCACUACCUCCGGCCUCAUCAUCGCCUCUCAUUGCCAAGAUGCUAUCCUUCGCCGCCCUCUUAGCUGCUCUGGCAGCAGUCUCAGCCGCUCCCAUCGAAGAGCGACAAGCCCCAUUCGAGAUAACCAUGCAAGCACCAUGGAAUUCCGGAGCCAUCACAGAAUUCCAGAUCCACGGCAGCUGUAAUUCUUCACAGAAACAUCAAAUCCUCACAGGCCUCAGCGAAGCCAUCGAGCUCGCGCAACACGCCAAAGACCACAUAAAUCGCUGGGGCAACUCGAGUGAAAUCUACCAAAAGUAUUUCGGCCACGCGCCUACAAUUCAAGCGCUCGGAGCUUUCGACAUUCUCGUCAACGGCGACAAGCGAAACGCUUUAUUCCGCUGCGACGAUCCAGAUGGAAACUGCGCAUUGAUGCCAACCUGGGCCGGCCACUGGCGAGGAAGCAACGCAUCAUCCGAAACCGUCAUCUGCCCAACCUCCUUCUUCCUCCGUCGUCCCCUCUCCACAGUCUGCGCUCAAGGCUACAAUGUCCGAGAAUCCUCUCGUCUGAUUUUCUGGGCUUCGGAUUUCCUUCAUCGUGCAGUAUUUUGCUCUUGAGGCUUAUGCUUAUGAUGUUAUUGCGCCGGGGGUGGGAUGUCCCGGUCCGAGUGGGCCGCCGAAUUCAGAGAGUAGCUCUUCUGUGCCGGUUGCUACUGCUACUGCAACAGUUGCGGCUGUUGAGGCAUCUGCUACCGCAUCAGCGUUACCAGAUAAUUGUCACACUCACGCGAAUGGGGAUGUUCAUUGCUCAUGAGAAAGAAAGCAAUACCAUGAUGAAAAGAUUCAAAACCCCCAACCCCUGUAUAUAUAUAUAU